GUGUGCGCCGUAUGCCUGGGGAGGAACUCACAUAUCUUCGCUGAAUGCACUGCGGACAGACUCUGGGACAGUUCACACCCCACCCUCGCCACCCGCGUCGAAAGACAACUCAUCUUGCGCAAGUCCGACAAGCCGCUUUGUGUCGAUUGGCAGCGACACAAAGGCUGUUCCAGCAGAUCUCACGACGAUCGACAUGUUUGUUCUGGCUGCCUCGGAAGCUCGCACAGCGCCCAACACUGUGCUCGCGCUCAGACAUCUUAA